UGCUGCUGCCUGCGACGCGCUGAGUGCGGAGCGACGAGACGCGCUGCAUACCAACAGAGACAUACGGAGCAGGCAGGCAGUUUUUUUUCUGGUCAGGACGCACGGACCCCAUCCCCAAAAAAACGCAUCUAUGCCAAAUCAUUGGACACUUUAAAUGUUACCUUUACUUCAUCAGCGUUUGCAAAAAAUAUUUGUGCUGCUCUCCAAGGUGCUGUGAGCCAAACUAAGUGUCUGGGAUAUUAGGGUUUUUUUUUUCUUCCUGCUGUAAUAUUUUCUUUUGCUUGAGAGAUUCUGCACAGGAGAUCAGCCAGCCCUGCCCGCCUCUCUCUCCAAAGGGAGUCACCAUAAGGAAAAAGUCAAGACAGAUGUUUUUAUCCACUCUCAUGUAGAGGCGUUGGACUACUGCUGAUCACAAUCUGGGUCGUUUUUUUUCUUCUUCUUUUCGAAUAAACAGAUUCACCGCAGCGGUGCGUUAAGGGAGUAAUACAGAGACAUUUGGCUGCAAAAACAAGCAGAAAAUCAAUCAGAACUCCAUCAUGGGCUGCCCCCUCUUGCGGAACGUGUUUGCUGGUUUGGUGCUGGUUCUGCUGUCGAAAGGGUCCUGUGUGCACGCAGCAGAAUUCGGACACCUGCCGGACAACAUUACGGUGUUGGAAGGCGAAAGCGUCACUUUGAGAUGUCGGAUUGACGAGGAGGUCACCCACAAGGCCUGGCUGAACCGCUCAAAUAUCCUCUUCACGGGGACAGAUAAGUGGUCGCUGGACAAGCGCGUGACACUGGUCAACAGUAACAACAGCGACUUCUCCAUCCACAUCGACAAAGUGCAAGUAACCGAUGAGGGGCCCUACACCUGCACCUUCCAGGCCAAUAACAAGCCGCGCAUUGCCCAUGUCUACCUCAUCGUCCAAGUGCCGGCCAGAAUCGUCAACAUCUCAAAAAACGUGUCUGUGAACGAGGGAGAGAAUGUAAACCUCUACUGUCUGGCAGUCGGCCGGCCUGAGCCCACCGUCACCUGGAAAGACCAGAAAUAUGGGCUGGUGAGUGAGGGGGAGUUCCUAGACAUCACGGAGAUCAAGAGGCAACAGGCCGAGGACUACGAAUGCAUCACCAACAAUGGCGUAGCUCCGCCCGACCAGCGCAAGGUCAAAGUCACGGUCAACUAUCCUCCCAUGAUCACAGACAUGAAGAACAUGCCAGCGCAUUUGGGGAAGACAGCCAUCUUGCGUUGUGAAGCCAUGGCAGUCCCACCAGCCUCCUUUGAGUGGUACAGAGAUGACCAUAGACCGGUAGAGAGUGACAACACCCUAAGGAUCAAAAACGAGAAGACGCGUUCUCUGUUGCUGUUCACCAAUGUGACAGAGAAACAUUUUGGCAACUACACUUGCUUUGCCUCGAACCGUCUGGGGGCUUCCAACGCCAGUAUGCUGCUGUUUCGACCGGGGGCUCUACAGGGGCGAGGGAGCGGUUUACAUGCAGGGAUGAGCGUCAGCAUGUGUGCUUGGGUUUCCCUCUCCGCUGUCCUCCUGCUGAAGGUGUAACGAUCAAACUCCACCUGGGAAUUGUCCUUAAUCGUCCCUAAAAGCCCCCCACCCCCCCACACACACACCUCUACCCCACCUCUGCCCCCGCCCAUCCGCCCUCUCUCCCCCCACCCCGACUACGGAAGGAAAAAAACGGAAAUGAAAUUCUUUAAUUACGAACCCAUCACUGUGAACAAAAAGAAUAUGCAUUAUGCCAGGAGCCAUUGAAUCAUUGCAUCAGACACGCGACUACCCCCUCCUGCCCCCACCCUAAAACCCCAGCACCCUCAAUUCAAUUUUGAGGUCAACUCACUGUCAUUACUUUUUCUUAUUUUUCUCUCUCUCGCUCAAACACAGUCUGUCUCUUUUUUUUUGUCUCCCACAAUGCCUUGCAGAUCUGUCUGACUUGGUACUUCCCCCUUCUCCCCUUUGUUUUCCCCCAUUAUUACCACUGGGCUGAUGUUAAUAGAGAGUGUAUAUUAAUGCUAAUUGUCUUGGUGAUCAGUGAGAAAAUAGAUAAUCUAACAACUGGAUGAUCAUUCAUGUAAUAUACUACAUAGACUGCUGACUGACCUACAAUGUUUGCCUUAUGGAAAUUAUACAUAAAAUCACAUUAUUGUGGUGGAUAUUUAUGGAAAUGCUAGUUACAACGUGGUACUGGUGGUCAUGUCAUCUUUUGAAAAUUUGUCCAAUCAGUGGCCAUGUCUAGUGUCACUAUUCGAUCACACACACAUCAACACACACACACAUACACAUGUAUGGCUUUUUGAUUUUACCUGUGUAGCAGUGAAGCUGCUAUGAAUGAUGUCAAAAUGUAUAAAAAAAAAAGGGUGGGUGGUGACGGCAUCAGUCUUAACUACCCCUUUAUGUAAUUUGGGGGGUUUAUACUAAGGUUUCGCAUGUAGACUCCCUCACUACCCAAACCUUUUUAGCCAACCCUCUGCCCCUCUGUUCAGCGUGCUCUGUCUAGUCGCCCCUCGCAUCGCUAUAGUGUUCUCUGCUCUGUGUCACCCCCCCAACACCACCGCUCCUCCCUCUUCCUCACCCAGUGUAAAUAUAUGCAGUACGGAGGCCACGCCGGCGACUUCUGGUUGCCUCGCACCGAACAACGUCUCACAUAAAGCCUCGACUUCGCUCCAGUCUUCUGAAGCAGCAAGAGACUGUCCUCUGACAACGAUAUCUUCUGUUUCAAAGCUGCGGCUCCAUCCUCUUUGUCGCUUGUUGAUAGCAUGUACUGGUUAGAGAUGUUCCUGUUGUGAGUCCAUACCUCCCCACAGUCUCUCCUCCCUUCCCCUCCCUCCCUUCCUCCCUCCCUCCCUGCACUGUGUCUGUUUUAAUCUGCAAGGUUACCCGCUUUUACUUUUUUGGUGUUAAUAAUACUACCGAUGAUGAUGAUGAUGAUGAUGACGAUGAUGUUAAUAAGUAUUUGAAUAACUCUGAAUAGUAAUUCCAUGUGAGAGAAAAAAAAGAACAAAAUCCGAUGGUAAAGAGCCGUGCGUGGGGGGAAAUAGUUUUUGUACUUUACUCACACACAUUGAAUGACUACAAUGACAAAAAACAAACAAAACAAAACAAAAAAAAAAGGUGUAAAGUUUUCGAAGUGAUGUGCUCUAUUUUGCCAUGACAAGCUUUUUAAAAACACAUUUGAAACAGUCCGAGGGAUCAUUUCAUCCAAGUCCUGGAAGCGGUGAAAUGGAUGAUGUAAUUUAUAAUUUGUAACAGUUUAUGUAUUUGACUCUUUUGUCAUGCUGUUAACUGCAUCACACACAUUUACAGCUCAUUUGUCCACUUAUCAUAGUGUGUCUUUCUCUCGACCAGCUAGAUAAAUGAUUUGGAUCCGUGUCAGUCUCCCGUCGUGGCUGUAAGUCAGUUCUUGUUCUGCCAGACUGCAGGGAGAUAAAGAUGUAAUUAGCCAUUACCUGUGGCUGGCUAAGUGAAGGAGCCCGGGCUCCACCUGUCCUUCCUGCCACCCAGUUAUGGCCCCCAUAAAUCAAGCUCAAUCCUGCCCCUGACAGGAAUCCUCUUCAAGGACAACCUCGCCUCGGUGCACCGGUACUCCCUCCAAAUGUGUACCUGUGACAUGCAGGCAUGGGCACUACAAAACCCCCCCGUGGCACAAUUAUCCAGUCACUUCCCCCACACAGCACAAACAGCGGGAGGCAAGCCCGUACUUUAAUACAGUGGCACUCGUUUCUCCUCUAAAACACUGUUCCACUCACAUGCAGCAACUAUAUGCAAAUUUGCCAUAACGAGCCUGCACGGAGAGAUGAGUUUACCCCAGCUGCACCCUGACUACUGCGACCUGAAUGGGGAAUUACUCAAUAUUCAAUCAGAUGUCUGAAUGUGGGGUUUUUUUGUUGUUGUUGUUUUUUUUUUAAUUUUGUUUCGAACCAGCAAUAACCCCUUCUUCUACUGUGCAAGAGAGUUCAGUCAUGGUUAAAGCUGUGGUGUAAAUUUAAAAAUCUGCCAUUAACAAGGUAUAUCAAAUACGUCUGUUGUUGUACUUUUAUUGUGUACAGUACUCUGAAAUGAUUGUGAAGCUCUGUUUAAAUGGCCCUUAAUCUAAGACACUACAUGUUGUACUCAAGAAGUCUUGCCCUCUGCAAUGUAUUUGGGUCGUCUGUAUGACAGAACUCACGUUGUGCAUGCAUCUUGUUGCUCCGAAAACAAUGAUGGAUUCCAUUUCAAGCACAAGAGCAGGUCGCUUGGUCAGUGCUUCUUUUCUUCUGUCUCAGAUACCUUUUCAUCCUCUCACUAUCUCUGUCUUUUCUGCCAUUUUUUGUUCUUUUCUGUUUGUCACUCACAUACUGUUCUAUGUCGGCGUCCCACUGGGUUUUUCAGUGGCAUAUAACAUCUGUAUGUACAUAAUCUGUCCUUGAUGAAGAAAAAAAAUAUCAAAAAACAGACGAUAAAAGCAAAAAAAAAAAAAUACAGACAAAAAAUAACAUACUGUCAUGUUUCUCGGUGUGGGUUUGAAAACAGCACGUCAAUAUUCGUGUGUGGGUGGAUUUUGAAAAAAAAAAAAAAAACAACAAGCAAAUAUUUCUGUGUAGAUUCUCAGUCAUCCAGGUCAUGGUAAUCCUAAGUGCUUCAGUGGAAGGCAACUGGACUUCUUUUAUAUUGUAUGUUGUGUUAAGGCUUGUGGAUAAAUGUUUCAGAUUGAGGGAAAAUUGCACAAUGUGAUAUGAAAUGGUUGGAGUGGUGAUGAACAAAAUGUGAGAAUUUGUACAGACAAGCAAAACAACAUGUUUUCAUGGGUCAUGAUGUAUGUACAGUGCUGUGCAAAAGUUUGGGCCGCUUGAAGUGAGGAUGCUUUCAAAACUGAUGUCAUGAGUAAUUUUUAUUUGUCAUAUAAAAUGCAGUAAGCAGAAAUAUCUACACCAUUCUGCACUGUUUGCUUUUGAAAACACACAGUUUUCCAAGGUGCUUGACAGAUAUGUGGUAUCUUGUGUGAGUUGAGGCUGUCUCAGUGUUUUCUGUCUUUUCGUGUAACCUCGUGCUGACUCGAUGAUGCUGAGAUCAGGACUCUCUAGGACCCACAGCAUCCGCUGCAGGACUCCAUGUUCUCGUUGCUGGCAAUAGUUCUUUAUGACUGUGACUGUACAUCAAUUCGGGACCAAUCAGAAGCCAUAUUGAUGGUGUUAUGUGAUGGAUGAGAAUCUAAACAUGUGAAGUAAAAAAAAAAAAAACCUUUGCACAGUACUGUAAAUGAGUCACACUGGUGGUAUGACAGGAGGACUGGAGAGGGUGUGGGCAACACAGCGGCUGAUCCCCAGGCUGCACAAUUUGAGGGUAGAUGAGGAUGCUGCUGAGAGAGCGCCUGCUCUGACGGGCCUGUGGGAGGAUAUCCUGACAAUGCAAAUCCAAAAGCUGAGAGCCCGAGGGAGAUGGGAUGACACUAACCAGACAGUGAACUCUCCAUUUAGGGAGAGAAGACAGUCAGGCACUCAUAUUGGAUUUCCAAACUUGAGCGCUGUUGUCUCUCCCGCGGGAAGGUGUACCACACACUAUUUAUGGUUGCACUAUAUAAUAUGAAUACUAUUAACAUAGCCUUGAUCACAAACACAGUCUGGCCUACUUCAAGUGUAUAAAUAACACCCCAACUGGGGUUCAAUGAGUUUACAGUGAUAUAAACAAGACGUUUCCUCAGCCCCUAAUUACAUUCGGCGCACCCUGAUGAGAAAGUGUUGAUUGGCUCCUGUAGCUGAUGGUUAUGAUGGUCUGUUUACAGAAUCUUUGCCAAUAGGGUGCCAUGAAACUUAUGUACAGCUCACAAAACUAGCGUGUAGUGCCAUUUUACAGUACUUUGCAUUGCACAAAAAAUCUGCUUCUGUUAGGUCAUUUUGUGUUUAUGUGAAGAUUUCAUUAGUGAGUUUUACAUUUAUAGUUGUAAUUUUAUAAAAAAAAUUAAAUUCUGUUGGCAUGUCUUUGCAGAGUCAUGAAAUGGAUUUUAGAAAUAGGGAUUGUAGAAAAUAACUCUGAAGUACAUUUCUUGGCACUGUGCUUUUAUUCAGAAUAGUCUGCAAUAUAAUUAAGCUGUUUAGGGUUUAGGACAGAUGCUGCACAUUGUUCCUGAAUUGUUGCAGUGACUAUGUAGAAAUAGUUUUAUGGUGCUUUAAAGUCAACACUGUAGAAUAGCAGAAGAAGUGUAAGCCUGGAUAAGAUGUGAAUGUACCUCUUUACUUUAUUUGGGGCAGCUGGCUCGGGCUGUAGCCUUUCCUAAAACACCUUCGCUCCGUAGAACAAAUCCCGGACAGACUUUCAAUUCAGAACGCAAUGGUUAAUCAAUACAUUCGACUGAAUGGCUUUGAAAUAGAGCAAUUUCUCCCUGGCCUGCCUUUCCCGGUCCCCAGAAGCUGAAUUGAUCAAGUAUCUACAGACCAGCCUUAGAACAGAGAGCAUAAUUCAUCAUGCCUGAUACAAGACACUCCUAAUUGUGCAUUGAUUUUAAGGCCCUCUCUGAAACUAUUUGGGCAAGCUGUAAUGUCAGCUCAGUAAAGUAUAUGUUCAGAGCUACAGUUCAGAUCCAGGGAAUGAAGAAUUAAUCAUUUGUUUUUGUCUCAGGAGCCUAUCCAGGCUGGUGUGUGUUGUUUGUUUUGUGACAUAUCACACGGUUAACCAGAAAUGAUUCAUUUUAUACUGUAUGUGCAGGCUGUUUGCUGCGGGAGUGUUAAUUUGUAUUUUAUUAGUAAUGAGAGAUGUAACCUGGAGAUUUUUGCAGUUGCCAGUGUCAGCAGCUAUUGGUAUCAUGUAGUGAGAAGUAAAUAGGUGGAUAUAGAAUACACAAACGCAAGGUGUGACUGUGCAAUACAAUAAUAAGUUAUAUGUAACAGAUUGUAAUUUGAUAAUGUGGGCAAUUGCAGGCAUCGCGGCGCCCGAGUCAGUGUACCAAAAGGCUAUGUUACGCAGACUGACAAUUAUAUAUGAGUGAUUAUCAUUGUUCUAAAUCCUCUGCUCAUGUCCUUUACUGCAAAGCACACCUAAUUCCCAUAUAUUACCCUAAUUAGCCAUUGUUUACCAACUAUACAGGCUCAUUCAGUUCUCAUGGGCAAAGUCAACGUUGCAAGUCUAUUAAGGCCCAGUACUUUUCCAUUACCACAGCGAAUGAGUGCAUUGGUAUACAGCAUGCUAGACAGUAUUGUGACAAGGAAAGUCUCUGUAUGUGAGCAUGUAGUGAGCACUUUAGUUACAUAGAUACUACAGGAAGUAGAUAGAUAGAUAGAUAGAUAGAUAGAUAGAUAGAUAGAUAGAUAGAUAGAUAGAUAGAUAGAUAGAUAGAUAGAUAGAUAGAUAGAUAGAUAGAUAGAUAUUAAAAUGGAUUCUAUGUGCAAUUCAUUGAGUUCAGGUCUUCUGUAUAUAUUUGAAGCCUCAGCUUGCAGAAAAGACGUCGGGCCACAAAGCCUCCGUCCUCGCCCUCCUCCUUACUGUGACCACAGAUGGUGUGUUGUCAAUCGCUCACCCCUCUAAGAACGGGAGCGUCUGGCUAAUUAACGGCACGCUGAACUCCACCAGCUGAGCAACAGCAACAUUCACGCAAGCCAUGCAACACAAUGGAGAACAUCUCGCCCACUACGUCUCCCCUAGUCAUUAAGUCGCCCACCUCACAUCUCCGCCGUAGAAAGAGUCCCAUUACUUGGCCUGUCUGAAUUACAAUCCCACGCCUGGCAUUUUCCCUGUCAAUCAAAGCAAGGGGUAAAUAUGGGUUGUGGUGCUGAGAACUGACAGGGGAAACUUGGGCUUCUUUCACAAGUGACAGCACCAACUGGUGUUUUUGCGCUGGUCUGUAUUGCAGUUAUGAGACAGCAGGAGCGCCAGGCUGUGGGGAAAGUCGCCCAUGCACCUUACACACCUUGUGUAACUGCAGGCUGGGAUACGUGACUGGAUGUAUGAUAGGGGUUUGUCAGGUGCUGUGUGCCCUCAAGAGGAGGAUAACAGAGCUCAGACUGCAGGAACCCUGGCAGCAGACUAAUGGAAAAAUGUCUAAUUUGGAAAUGUAAUACCAAAUUUUUCUAGAAGAAACCCACCGUGUAUAAUUGCAGGAAUGAGCUGGCGUAGGUUAGUGUUGAAUGUGGAACCCAUCUUUCUUCUCCUUCUUCUUCUCGCUGUCUUCUCUUUCUUUCUGUGGGGAAGAUAACCAAUAAAAAUGCCCUCCCACCCCUCAGUGCUCCAGGUUCGCCCACUCUACAGUUGCUGAUACAAAUGGUGUGCGUGUACCUGAGUGCGUGUUACCCAAGUGUCUAUGUUCAAGUGCGCAUCCACAAUGAACAUGAGUAAUUCAAAGGGGCCUCACAUGCCAGCAGUAUGUCUGCAUCUGUGUUUGUGUUCUCUGAGCUCCAGAGGGCAGGUUGCCGGGUUCGUUGGCAACACACACCUGGAUUAAAGGCUUUUGUUACAUUUCGCAAGAUCUUAUCAGAGUAAACACACGAGACAACAUGAAAGGAACAAAACAUUUGUCUUCCACCCUGACAAAUGUUCAGUGCUGUGUAAUGAUGAUUGUACUUCUUUUUGAUUUGUUUAGUUGCUGAACUUGUCUUCUUUUGAGUUUUAUUUCCGUGUAUUUUUUUUUUUUUCAAAAUCCAUGAAGUCAAGUUAAAAAUGAUAUCAAGUGGAGGGAGACAAAAAAAUAAAAAUCAGUUUUGUUUUUAACAGAA